GGGAGGGGAGGAGCGGGAGCAGAAGAAGGGGAUACUUUGAGUUGCGGUGAUUCUCCCGAGCCCCGCGGCGGUGCCGGUGCCGCGCCUUGGCCGGACACUCGGCGGGCCGCGCUCGGCGCUGCCUCUGCCUGAGUACACGUGCGGCGGCGGCGCCUGCGCACUGCUCGAGGCGCGGCACCUCCCGCGGAUGCCUUGGGGCGGGUUCCCGGACACCCGGGGGCCGCUUAGCACCGCGGUGCGGGUGCCAGGAGCAGCUCUUCUCCUGCGGACUGCGGUGGCUGCGGCGCUGAGAGGCGGGGGUAGCUCUAUCCCGCCCUCCCUGUCCCUGGCUGAGCACUGCCGCUGCCGCCUGAGGGGGUGGAUGCGGCAGAGCCUCCUCUCUUUUCACCGGGACUUUGUGUUCCGUGCAAACCCGACGGGAGGGACGAGCUUCCCCGGGACGGCCGAGCAGUCAUGCGAUGCGUUUGUUUAGUGGGUUGAUGCAACAUAAACCUAGUCUGUAGCAGAGCAGAGAGCUUUUCCACCAGCUGGCAAGAUAAGCCCUUUCCACUGGAAUCUGUGGCCUCACAAAGUCAGUCGCAGUAGAGAAGACUGGUUUAAUUGCCCUGCAGAGCUUUAGCUCUGAGCAUAUUCUGCUGCAUCAAUUUAGCCGUUCUGAAGGAUGACUGAUGCUGGUUUCUGUGAUGCCACUUGAAGUCUUCAGUGCUGUGGAUUGAUAAGUAACAUGCAGAUUUAACUGCACAACCUGGGCAGAAAGCAACAUGUGUGCUAGUCCUUUUCAGCUCCUUUAGUGGACAGAAGUACAGCGUCAUCCCUCAGCAAGGGAAGAUUCUUCAACACCGUUUUAUAGCUAAUAAAACAGACAACAUAAUAGCAUCCACCUUCCUGAUUUACAGUGCAUCGCCUUCCAAGACAGAUGAUCUGUCAGAAGCUGGAGGAUGCCCGCAGAGCACAUAAUAAUGAAGUAGUGAAAUGAUACUGCUGCUGCUACCUGAUUGUCGAGAUCACAGCUGAUAGAACUACACUGCCCUUUUUCUGCUCGCUUAAUCAGGCCAGAAAUAGCAGGGUGAACAUGGCUGGCUUUGUUAGCAACCUGCUAAUACUGCUUCUUCUGUUUCAAAACAUCUGUUUGGGUUUCAGAAGCCCACUGUCAGUCUUCAAGAGAUAUAAAGAUACUAGCACAUCUCUUUCCAGUGAAUGCCUUGUAAGUGACCAGCCAGUGAUUUCCUUUGGUCUGUCAGAUUUUGCACUGGACAUUCGCAUGCCUGCAGUGACACCUAAGCAGUCUGAUACCUACCUCUGCAUGUCAGUACCCCUGCCAGUGGAUGAUGAAGCCUAUGUAGUUGACUUUAAGCCUCAUGCCAGCAUGGACACAGUCCACCACAUGUUACUCUUUGGAUGUAAUGAACCUUCCUCUACUGAAAAUUACUGGGACUGUGAUGAAGGAACAUGCAAAGAUAAAUCUAACAUUUUGUAUGCUUGGGCAAGAAAUGCUCCACCCACCAGGCUGCCCAAAGGUGUUGGAUUCAGAGUUGGAGGAGAAACGGGUAGCAGAUACUUUGUUCUCCAGGUACACUAUGGAGAUGUUAGUGCAUUUAGAGAUAAACACAAGGACUGCUCUGGUGUAACUUUACAUCUGACACAUCAAAAGCAGCCUUUGAUUGCAGGAAUGUAUCUUAUGAUGUCUGUGAACACGGUCAUACCACCAGGCAAGAAAGUGGUUGAUGCAGACGUUGCCUGCCAUUACAAAAGGUCUCCAAUGCACCUUUUUGCCUACAGAGUUCACACACACAGACUAGGUAAAGUAGUGAGUGGAUACAGAGUGAGAAAUGGUCAAUGGACAUUGAUUGGUAGGCAGAGUCCACAACUACCACAGGCAUUCUACCCUGUGAAAUAUCCAAUAGACAUUAGCUAUGAUGAUAUCCUAGCAGCCAGAUGUGUGUUCAGUGGGGAAGGCAGAACUACAGAGACACAUAUAGGGGGUACUGCCAAUGAUGAAAUGUGCAACUUUUACAUCAUGUACUACAUGGAAGCCAAGCAUGCUGUCUCAUAUAUGACCUGCACGCAGAACACAAACCCUGAAAUGUUCAGAAAUAUUCCACAGGAGGCAAAUAUUCCUAUUCCAGUCAAGUCUGAUGUGAAGAAGAUGAUGCAUGGACAUCAUGAAGAACCCAAGGAUAGUGAUACAAGUUCUUUGCUGCAGCAGGACAGAAAAGAAGAGGGAGAGAUUUUGGAUCAGGAAACCAAGGAUAGUGAUGCAAGUUAUUUGCUGCAGCAGGCCAAAAAAGAAGAUGCAGAGAUUUUGGAUCAGGGUGAUUUCUAUUCACUCCUUUCUAAGCUGCUAGGAGAAAGGGAAGAUGGUGUACAUGUGCCUAACCCUACAGAAAAAGCAGAAUCAGAUCUUGUAGCAGAGAUUGCUAAUGUAGUCCAAAAGAAGGAUCUUGCCGGAGAGAUCGCAAAUCAUGAUGAAAGGGGCAAUACUAUUCUUGUGAGAGACAGAACUCAAAAAUUUCGCAGACUAGAGUCUACCUUGAGGUCACCUGUGAACAGACAUUUCUCUUUACAACAGUCUAAACAUGGUGAGGGAGUCUGGGAAAAAGAACAUAAAGGAGAUUUUCACAUAGAAGAGGCCGUGGAGUGGCCUGGACUAGACCUCAAACUAGGCCAAGUUUCUGGGUUGGCUCUGGACCCUGAAAAUAACCUAGUUGUCUUCCACAGAGGUGAUCAUGUUUGGGAUGAAAAUUCUUUUGACAGCAAAUUUGUCUAUCAGCAAAGAGGACUUGGACCCAUUGAACAGAACACAAUUAUUGUCUUGAAUCCAAGUAAUGCAAAAUUGCUUCAUUCCACAGGCAAAAAUAUAUUUUAUUUACCACAUGGUUUGAGUGUAGAUAAAAAUGGUAACUACUGGGUCACUGAUGUAGCUCUUCAUCAGGUUUUCAAACUAGGAGCCAAUGACAAAGAACCAUUACUGAUCUUAGGAGUACCUUUGCAACCAGGCAGUGACAAAAAUCAUUUCUGUCAACCAACUGAUGUGGCCGUGGACCCAAUCACUGGCAGUAUUUACGUCUCUGAUGGCUACUGCAACAGUCGGAUUAUUCAGUUCUCUCCAAAUGGAGUGUAUUUGAUGCAGUGGGGAGAAGAGACUUCUCUGGGCAGAUCCAGGCCUGGGCAGUUUUAUAUCCCUCACAGCUUAGCCCUGAUCCCUGACUUAAGUCAGCUGUGCGUUGCAGACAGAGAAAAUGGUCGCAUUCAAUGCUUUAGGCUAGAGACUGGGGAGUUCACGAGAGAGAUCAAACACAAAGCAUUUGGAAGAGAGUUAUUUGCAGUUUCAUAUGUUCCAGGUGGUCUCCUCUUUGCAGUUAAUGGAAUGCCCUAUCCUGGAGAGGCAGAAUCAGUGCAAGGAUUUGUGAUGAAUUUCUCUACUGGAGAAAUAAUUGAUACUUUCAUUCCACUUAGAAAGAGCUUUGAGAUGCCACAUGAUAUUGUUGCUUCAGAAGACAGAACAGUAUUUGUUGGAGAUGUUCAUGCCAAAGCAGUGUGGAAGUUUGCAUCUGUGGAAAAAAUGGAACAUCGGUCAGUUAAAAAGGCUGGUAUUGAGGUACAGGAGACAAAAGAAUCAGAAACAAUUGUUGAAGCCAGAUUGAAAAACAAGCCAGAAUCAAGAGACCCUCUAAAGAAUAUAGAUAAACAACACUUGGUCCAACAGGCCAGCAGCACUGGAGUUUCCUUUGUUCUUAUUACAACCCUUCUUAUUAUCCCUAUUGUUGUCCUGCUGGUAAUUUUGGUAUUUAUUCGGUGGAGGAAGACAACUGUCUAUGGAGGUAACCCUGAUGGGGAAUGCAAACUUGAUUCUACUUCAGGCAGAAUUUUAGGCAGACUUAGAGUGAAAGGUGGUGGUGGAAUUAACCUUGGGAACUUCUUUGCAAGCCACAAAGGCUACAGCCGAAAAGGGUUUGACCGGCUGAGCACUGAAGGAAGCGAUCAAGAAAAAGAUGAUGAUGGCACUGAUUCUGAGGAAGAGCGUUCAGUGUCUCCACUGCCACCAGCACCUUCAUCAUCCUGAAACUAACCUUUGAGUUCUCCAUUAUAUGGUUCAACCCAGAAUGUCAGAUUUCUUUUCCCUUUAGUACAUUUAAGAUCUUGUAUAUUUAAUUGGAAAUUGUUCUAGUCUGUGUGGGGCUGUAUACUGGUUCCUUUAAUUUUUGUUUGGUUUUAGUUAUGUUUUUUAAGUGAAGGAAUAUAUUGAAAUUCCAUAUCAGUGCCGUUGGUUUUUAAUAUGUGAACAUAUUAAUAAAGCAAAGUCUCUAAUUGCAGGACUGAUUUAAAGCAGUAGUAUUUUAUCAUCAAAUAUGGGGAUCUUGUAAAUAAGUCUUACUAUCUGCUUCAUCAAAUAUUUUUCCAUAAUUAUUGAGUUGCCAGUUUCUGUUUUGUGCCUUUCCUCUUCAAUGUCCUUAACCUGUUGCAUUACAGAGAAUAUACAGUGCCACAAAAAAUGAAGCUGCUAAGUCUUCUUCUAUUUUUUUAAAUCACUAACAUGGUAUUGCAUUGAAGGAAAGAAAAAAGUCUCUAUUUAAUUUUUUUCUUCUUCCUAACUUUAUGUGUUUCCAGAAUGUCUUAUUUUUAGAUGGUAUCACUGUUAGAACACUAUUUUCAGAAGCUGAAUGUAAUUUGUGUAAUAAAGUAUUCGCAGAGCAUUGGCUGUCGGAGUGUACUUUGGAAAUUUUGCUUGCAUUUUUUGGUAAACAACUUUUGUAAAAGUUAUAGGGGGCACUUAACACAGUAAAAAUUUUAAUGUGUUCUACCAGCAGAUAAAAAAAAUGCAAUUUUGUAUGGAAGCUGGAAAAAUAUUUUGUUAUGUCA